UGUGCACUAAAGCUACACCAUACUUUUAUACCAAUUUCAGGUACUAUGCUGUUUAUCGUCAGACUCUGAGAGUGAUCAAAACUGACUCUCUUGAACUCCGCUGUUUUACAACAUGCUAAUGAGCAGCCUGAGUCCACUAAAGCUGUUGCUCAGAGACAAAGUGAAGCUCUGAGGGGAAGGCCCACAAAACAAUGGUAGCCACAUAACUCAUGGAAGCAGAGAGGCUGGGAGGAUGAGAGACAGUCAGUGAGAGCGCAGAUCUGAUUUAGGAUCAGACACUGGAAGGACAGGGAAUAUGUUUCUGCACAACUCUCUGAAUGCUAAGGAAGAAGAUGGCAAUGACUGACGCACUUCAUUCACAACUUUGGAUCCUAUUGGUGGUGGUCAUUCCCUCGGCUGGAGAUGAGUUCCCUUGUCCGAAAGGGUCUCAUGUCAGCUUGUCCAACCUCGAAUGCUACUGGCUCUCAAAGACGUCGUCUACAUGGCCCGAAGCGAUGGACGACUGUUUGACUGAAGGAGGUGAUUUGGCAGCUGCUGAUGGUCCAGAGGUGCAAGACCUCAUUCACAGCUUCUUUCCCUUGAAAGCUUCUGUAUGGGUUUGGGUCAGAAGCUCAGAGAGAGAAGGUUCUGACCAGGAACAGGACCCAGGAUUGUGUACGCAGAUGCUUCUGGGCUCACCGGACCAUUGGAGGAAGACUCCAUGCUCUGCUCCAUAUCGCUCUGUUUGUGAAAAGAAAAUGCCCAGGACCUCACUUUCUUCAGAAGAUUUCUUAGUUGGACUGCUUCACAUGACGGGCGUCUACAAUCAAGUACAGAUGGAGCCUUUGACCAUGGUCCCGGACAGUGGACCAGCAAAAGUGGAGAUGCAGCUGUUUCCUGGGUUGUGGUUCAGCCAUGCAGGUCAGCUCACAGCGUUGGAGCUGGUGGUCCAGCCCAGUGCCGUCUCCACUCGUGCUCGCCUUCAGAUCCUUCGACCCUACUGCAACCCCAACCACCACCUUGUACCCCCAGGUUGCAGCUCUCUCAUGAAUCCAUUCAGCUGCUGCUCAGCGGUUCCACUGUGCAACACGACCGGAGCCUGUAGUUUAGGCAUGUUCUGGUGCCAUCUACUGGAGGCCUGCAUUCCCACGUCUUCUCCCUGCAGUCCGUACAUAACAUCAGCCCAGGAUCGGGGCUUCACAUUACCACCCCGGUAUCCUGCAAUUCCUCCAUACUACCACCUGGCCGCAGACCUGCCGCUAAGUUUCAGCCCCCUGUCCCACCUCACUACUGUAAAAGUGCGUCUUCCUGAUGCAGCUAUCUCUGUGUAUCCUGAUGAUAUUGUAGCGGUACAGCACACUGGCAGCCCUGGAUCCUUCAUACACUGCCUCAACUCCUCCCUUGAUUCUCAGUGGCGCCAAAGUUAUCUGUCUCUCAGAGGUGCAGAGCGGGACGGCUGGUGGGCGGGGGGUCUCACUUCCAUGCCAAGUGGGGGCCAGUGGGUAGACGGUGUGGUGUGCAAUCUGAAGAUGCUAUACGUGGACGUGCUACAUGGAAGCACCGGGCACGAAGAUAUAUUUGGCCUCACUCAAACUGAGACGCCUCGGGGGCUGACUACUGGUCCAAGUCCCAAUCUAAGGUCCAACUCCCUCAGCCUUCACGUGAUACACCCUCUCCCAGAUGAAAACAACCAGAUCCAUGUCCAAGUCAACGUCCCAACAAUCAUUGUGGUGAAGAUACUGUCUGCAGAGGACACCAAGUGCUCAUGGUCAGCACCGGGGCUUCAAACCGAACGUCCCUUCCUCCCCUCGUGUCCCGCAGCAGUCGUCGAGUCUGGAUGUGAAAGAGAGUCGGAUAACGCACACUUCUCUUCUGCCUCUCUCACUUUAAAGUCAGAGGGGGUUCAGACCCUCAUGAUCCUUGCCCAAAAUGAUCUCACUGCUCAGCGUAUCAGUGUAGAUAUCUGUGGCUAUGAGCCAGUGACAGGCCUGAACGUUUCCCCAAAUUCUCAUCUCAGGAUGAUCGUAGAUCUUCCUCAGUCAUUCACAGCGAAAGUUGAUGGCGGCACAUCUGUGAGAUUCUCGUGGGUUAUUGAUGACCUGGAGACGUUUGCACACGAAGGGGAAUCGUACAGUGUUGUGUUAAAGAAAGCUGACGUCUACAAGCUGAAGGUGACAGCGUUCAACCCCAUUAGCUCAAAAACCAAAGACAUUCUCUUGAGAGCAGAGGAACCGACGCCGUUUACGGAGCUGGAAAUAAUUUUGCCCAGGAAAGCAGUUGCUGUGAAUGAGUCCAACCUUUACAAGCUUCACGUCAGGGCGGAUGCAUCCCUCCCCAUCACCUUACGGUGGAAUUUUGGCGAUGCCAGCAAUGAUAUCAUUCACAAGCAGCCAGUGGGGAGUGAGACCAGUGAGGAGCUGACGGGGGGAAACUUGAAGCAGAUGUCUGUUGAAGACAUGGUCAACUACACCUAUCGGUCUGCAGGUAACUUCACGAUUCACGUGCAAGUGGCCAAUCUUUAUGAAACCGUAAACAAGUCAAUGAGAAUUGAAGUCCGUCCACACAUAAGUCACCUUCAUGUUUCCUGCACCCCACUCUACCCCACUGCUGGUGAGAGCCUACUUUUGGAAUCUGAAACAGAGCCAGGCAUGGAUCAUGUCGUCUACACGUGGAACCUCAGCGAUGACACAGGGGAAGUCCAUGUCACCCAUUCCAACAUCACUCACACUUUCUUAUCUGCCGGCGUCUAUAACAUCACAGUCCGAGCCAACAACACUGUGUCUGUGCAGACAGCGUGGCUCGUGGUGGAAGUUGUGGAAAGAAUAUCUGGACUGAGCGUCACCCACAGUGGUGCGAGUGAGCUGAACUCUGUGACUGAAUUCAAGGCGGAAGUUGUCAGAGGUACAGCACUCAUGUGGAACUUCACCUUUGGAGAUGGGUUUGUGCGACGCAACCUCACAGAAGGUUUCACUUCACAUGUAUACAAGUCUCCAGGGAGAUAUGAAGUCAAAGUGACUGCCUUCAAUCAGGUCAGCCAAGCGAAUCAAUCCAUCUUUGUUGAGGUUUUUCGGUUAGCUAUAGGUGGAAUCCAGCCCACUGGGUGUGUCAUGGCUGAAGUGACGGUAGAACUCACUGCACAGGUCAGUGGGAAUGUGUCUGGAUUUGCUUUUCAUUGGCUGUUUGGAGAUGGGUCACCAUUAGCUGUUGUGACUGGAUCAUCCUCAGUGGACCACAGAUUCACUCAUCAGGGAGUCUUCCCUGUCAACGUCACUGUGAUCAGUCCAGUCACAUCAGUGUCUUACACUUCUGAUGUCUGUGUUCAAACUCCCAUCAGUAAAAUGGAGUUACAACCUUCAAAGUAUUUGGCAAAAGUCGAGGAAGAAGUUUGUUUUCGGGCGUUGUUGUUCCCUGAGAAGAUAAACGGCUGUCGAUUCAAGUGGACAGCUAGUUUGUCCGGUCAGACUGAGAAUACAGAGCAACCAGAAAAAUGUUAUACCUUCUCAGAAGAGGGUCCUGUGGUCGUGUCUGUGACGGCAAGCAACCUAGUCAGCAACAAAACAGCCACAGCUAGUGUCUCUGUUCAAACUCCAGUGGGUAAACUGGCAGUGACACAUGGUAACAAAACCAACACAGUGUUGGUUAACACCAGCGCAGCGUUUUGGGUUACCACUUGCAUCGGUAGCAAUGUGUCCUUUAGUUGGGAUUUUAGGGAUGGUACCCCAUUACAGCACUCUGUGAACGUGUCGCACAUCUUUGCGUCAACUGGAGAGUUCACUGUUACCGUCACGGCUGCUAAUGCAGUGAGCCAAGAGUCAACAAGGCUGACAGUGAAUGUGGUUCCACCUCUCUUAGACCUCUCACUGCAGCUGUCCCAGCCAUACGCAGUCGCCCAUGAAGACACUCUCAUCACAGCAGUCAGCAGUGGAAUAAGCGGUGCUACCUACCACUGGACAGUGGAUGGAUCUUCUGUUAUCCAUCAGAACACCGACCAGUUGAGAUUUUCGUUCCCUUUCCCUGGGGUGCAUGAGAUCAAGGUCAUUGCUCAGAGCUACGAGAACGUGAAGGAAGCUACACUGUCAGUGGACGUCUUUGAAAGGAUUGAAAAUGUAAGCAUUCGCUGCUUAAAUUGGACUGACAACAAGUUUAUUCCGACUCAACAGGAGGUUUUGUUUAUCGCGUCGGUUGUUAAAGGCUCCAAUGUCACCUACCACUGGCUGUCCACGCAUCUUAACACGCAAACGCUGCUCACUGGAUCAGGUGGGAUGUUUCGUUUGGUGGUGAAAACACCGGGAAGCGUGAGCGUUCAGCUCAGAGCCUUGAACCAGAUAGGUGAGACCUUGGUUACAACGUCUGUUGUGGCAGUUCAACCUGCUUCAAGUGCACAGAUGGCGAUGCAAACUAGUAUAGUGGCGCUUGACCAAAGCGUCAAUAUCUCCGUGUCUGUUGUCACCGGCUCUGACCUGGACUACUUCUGGUAUGUUUGUGGUGCACCACCUCUGCAGACACCCGUCCCAUACCUUCUCUACUCAUUCAGGAGCAUAGGUUAUUGCCACGUAACAGCUUCUGUUAAAAACAUCCUCAGCCAGUCGAACGACACCAAACUGUUUCGUGUUCAGGAGAAGGUUGAUGGAGUAGAUUUCAAGGUCGAUGGCAACAUGCCCCCAUUUUAUGCCAAUCAAAGCACAGAUGUUUGGUUUCAUGGAGAGUCCCACAAAGGGAGCGACCUUCACUGGAAGUGGAAUGUUUCUGCUACAUGUUUUUAUACCAGAACGUUUGCACACACUCUUUCUGAAGAAGGUGUCUAUGAGGUCAGUUUGAACGUGUCUAAUGGAAUAAGUUGGCAAGUUGUGUCGCGCUCGAUCACUGUGCAGAAUCCGAUUCAAGGUUUAGAACUUAACAUUAGCAAGUCAGCAGUCUGCACAGAGGAACAGGCGAGCUUUGCAUAUGCCGUCGCGAGAGGUAGCAAUGUUACUUUUGUUUUGACUUUUAUCAAGAACGAUUGGUUCUGUAGUCAGAUUGUCGUUGGUGGUCACUACAACACAUCAGGUCUAACAACAGGGAGAUAUCAAGUGACCCUUAGAGCGCAUAACUUGGUUAGCAGUGCCGAAGUGUCAUCUGAAAUUGUGGUCGUGGAGAGUAUUAAAGGCCUGAAGUUUGUAAACAGUGUUCCAGAAACGAUGCCAGCUCUACAACCAUUAGCUUUCAAGGCAGAUGCUGACACUGAGAAUCCUCUCAAUUAUGUAUGGUUAUUUCGCUUGGAGGGUCACCCAACAUCAGUCAAAGGUCAAGAAGUGACCUUCACACCUGCAACAAAUGGAUCCCUGACUGUGAGUGCUAUAGCAAGCAAUGGAGUUUGUACAAGUGUGCUGCAAAGGAACACGACAGUGGAAUGGGCUAUUGAGGGCGUUCAAAUUACGUGUCAUACGGAAAGAAUAUUUGUUGGACAUGAUGCCACAUUUUCUGUAGAUGUAACUGGAGGGGACAAUUUAAAGUAUGUAUGGUACUUUGGAGAUUUAGCAGGAGGAUUAACAACGGCCUGCAACUCAGUCAACCACACAUAUUUGGUUACUGGAAAGCACAGCGUCAUAGUUAACGUCUCCAACAGCGUGAGUUCGAUGUCCACUCAGCUCCAUGUCCAGGCGGAAGAACUUGAAUGCUCAGCGCCUCAAGUGUUUCUCAUUCAAAGCCAGACAACUGUCUCCAGGUCUCAAAAGAGUUUCUUUGAGGCAAGAGUUGACGUCAACUGCACUGCGUACAAGACUACACACAAAUGGGAGCUAUCCACCCGCACUGACUGCACAGAUGGAAUGACUCUUAAAGAGGCAAAGUCACCUCUGCUUGUACUGCCAGGACACUUCCUGGAUGUGGGACGCUAUUGCCUCAUAUACACAGUUAGACUUCAGGGGACCCCUUUGCUGGUACAACGAAAGACCAACAUGACGGUGGUUCACUCCCCACUUGCAGCACUCAUUAAAGGAGGCUCAGCCAGAAUGUGGCCUCGUUCUGCUGACCUUGUGAUGGACGGAUCUGAGUCUCAGGAUCUGGAUGUGAAGCCUGGAGAGAAGCAAGAACUGCAGUUUCUCUGGACGUGUACGACAGAGAACACAACAGUGCCUUGCUUUGAGAGCCACCAAAUUGGGAGUCACGAUGCCGUAAUCGUCAUAUCAAGCAGCCUCUUACGUCCGGAGACUGUUUAUAUUUUCACCCUGACUAUACUGAGCGCGGAAAGGAAGCCAACAUCUGCCACACAGACGGUGACUGUCACUGACGCCCCAGUGCUUUCUGUGAUGGUGCACUGUGAAUCAUGUUCACUUUCACGCACCGGUGGCAGCUCUUCCAUAGUCCUGUCCGGCCAAUGUGGACAGUGUGGUGACACGACGCAGUACAAAUGGAUUGCUGAAGACCAAAGUGGCUUGACCCUUCACCUCAAAGACACUGGCGUGUCUUUGGGAGGAAACUGCUCACAACUGGUUUUCGCCUCAAAUGUCCUACAACCAGGGCACAGUUACACCUUCACCCUAACCGUAUCUGAGCCACAGAGUGGACGGUGGGGUCGUGCCAGUUUGAGAAUAGAGAAUAAAGCUCCACACGGAGGGCAGUGUGACGUAAGUCCAGCGUCUGACGUGCGUCUGCUGGAGACGCUGAUCACCUUCAACUGUUCAGGUUGGAAAGCUGAUGACGAAGAGGCGCAGUUGAUUUACACCCUACAAGUAAUGCCAUGUAACCCUGCCACUGCCCAGUGCCCAGUUCUCACAUUAUACAGGAGCACUCAUCCAAUCUUCAAGAGCAUGGUGCCAUUUGGGAGUGGUGUCAGAGAAGCAAAUAAGUCAGUUAUAUCAGUUCUCUUGCUUGUAGAGGACAACCAGGGAGGAAAGGUUGCUGCUCUGAACAGAACAGUGACCGUUUCUAUUGACGGCACUGAUGCCACUGAGUGGCUUGGAAAUAAGACUGAGACAGAGCUGUGGUGUUUAGUUCAACAUGGCAACCCUCAAGAAAUCAUCAUGUACACUACUGCAGUGGCAAGCUGGCUCAAUCAGAUUUCUUCUGAUCAAAGUCGUGAAGAGCUAAGAAGAAGAGGGCAGAUCCGAAAGAGUGUCGCACAAGCCCUGGCCUCCCUUCCAAUUUCCUCCAUCAUGGAUGUUGAGCAAAUAAGCUCAGUGUUAGCUCAGUGCACUGCUGUUCCUCAAGAGUUGGGGUGCGGACAGUGUCAGGAGGAGGUUCUCCACAUAGUGAAAAAGAUGAUCCUUGUGAUGAAGAACGAGAUGAGCACUGGUGUUUUGUUCAGCACUGGCCAUAAUCUCCUUAAUGUCUUGGGUAACUCCAUGGCUGCUGCUUCUGAAUCCAUUCAAGCUUUAAAUCUGCACUCUGACCACUUAAGCUCUCUGUCAGCAGCUUCAUCCAUCACUCUGGAAGCUCUGGACUUAGUGGGUGACCUCAUGCGCUCUCUAGUCCAUAGUGAUGACCAUGAGCUUCUGUCACUCUCCACCUCUCAUAUCAGAACUGUUGGUUUCAAUGGACAGCCCUCUGACCUCAUGUGCACCCAGCAAAGAAAUGAAUCCAGGGAGACUUUCUCAUCCUCAUCAGGUGCAGGUCCAGAUCAAUGCCCCUUUAAAAUCCCACCCUCUCUCACCACUUACCUAAACAAGACGCCAGAGGUGGUGCAGGUUUUCGUCAGUCUGGAUAAGGACCUCGCCUCUCACCAUUUGCUGUCCUCAGCCAGCCCUCCAAUAUCCACUUCUCUGAUCUCCAUGGAGUUAUCAACACCUCAGGGUGAGCACAUUCCAAUCCAGGGCCUGGACGCCGCAGACGCCAUACAGUUGAUGCUGCCCAACAAGUCCCCCUUUGUUGCUGGCGAGGGGUGGAGAUCUGAACACUUGAGUGACACGUGCUUGACCAUCACUCUUCCCUCUGAUGGACAGCUGGAAUUUUUCAUGAGGUCUUUGGAUGGCUUGGACAAGGACGCUGGACUAUACAUCUCCUUCAACUUCAGCCUCACUCCAGGAGAUGCUGUUCCAGUGAGCUCAGGAUGUGUGAUGAUCAGCAUCUCUACUGCGCUACAGGACAAUAGACCCCAGGAAGACUUUGGGGCAAAGUGGUGUCUCAGUCUGUCAUCUGCCGCAGACAACAAGGAGGAAACCAUAUUCUUAUCUCCAUUUUUAAACGGGACGGACAAUCCUCUGAUGGUGAACUUGACCUCCAUCUUGGACGGCGGUCCGGUGAGCUUGAUGAUCUGUGUGUUCAGUUCUGUGUGCCGGUACUACGACAGGAGUGAGAGGCGAUGGAGCAGUGAGGGUCUUCUGCCACUGGAGGGCAGCACGCUCCACACAGCUCACUGUCUCACCCAUCAUCUCACCAUGUUUGGCGCCACUCUGUUUGUGCACCCUGGUGCUGUGGUUCUUCUGCCCCCAUCGGGAGGUCCUGUUCGGAACGUGGUUGCUGGGCUCGUCUGCCUCGCUCUACUCUUCAUCCACUUCCUGGUCGGGCUCAUUGCCCAUAAACUGGACCACCUGGACAGCCUGAGACUGAGGCAGGUGCCUCUGUGUGGCCGCCCAGGACUGUUCCAUUACAGGGUGUUGACCAAGACUGGAUGGAGGCAGGGAGCAGGCACCUCGGCACACGUCGGCAUCAGUCUCUACGGACUGAACAAGAGCGGCUCCCGUCAUCUGAAGCGGGACGGAGCUUUUCAGAGAGGAAACCUUGAUCAGUUCCAUGUUGAAACCGACGACAACUUGGGAGAGCUGUGGAAAAUCCGCAUCUGGCAUGACAACACAGGUUUGGAUCCAUCCUGGUUCCUUCAGCAUGUGGUGGUGUGGGACCUUCAGACCGACUACAUGUUUUUCUUCCUUGUGGAUGACUGGCUGUCUGUGGAGAAUCUGAAGAAUGGAGCUGUGGAGAAGGAAGUUCUGGCUUCAUGUCCUGCUGAGCUCUACAGGUUUGGUCGAGUCCUCACCUCCCAGCUGCUGUUUGGAAUGAUGGAGCGCCACCUCUGGCUGUCGCUGUGGAACCGACCGGCCCACAGUCGCUUCACCCGGAGCCAGAGGGUCACCUGUGGUGCCCUCUCGCUACACCUUUACCUGACACUGGGCGCUCUGUGGUACGGGGCAGUGAGCACUGAGGGAAGCAGUGGUCCGGUUUCUGCUCAACUGCUCUUCAAUGUGGAAACGGUUGCCAUGGGGAUGACCACGGCAGUGCUGGUGCUCCCUGUCCAGUGUCUCGUCUGCUUCAUCUUUAGAAAGGUUUGCAGUAAGGUUAUCACGGACGAGUCGGCUCCUGCGUCUCCUUUGUGUCACUCUGUAGAAAUGGAUGUUCAUCUUGGCCAAGCACAGUUUUCCGGACCAUCUUUUUUGUCUCGCCCGGACUCUUCUGCCGGACACAGGGACACGCCCUCAUCUACGCUAGAGAGCAAGGCGGUCAACUCCAGUAUCCUGGACUUUUGGACUGCCUCGGGUUUGAUGCCCCAUACAGAGGGUGGCCCCAAAGGUGGUGAACUAUGGGCGUCAUGUGACAGCCUCCUCAGUGUUUCUGCAGGCCUUUCCAUCCAGCCGGAUUCACUCCCUGAUGACCGCCCGACUUCACCAGCUGUUGGUCCAGCAAAGCAGCUAAAGAGGAAGAAGGCCCUGUACAUGAACGACGACCACAACCUGAAGACGUUUCUUUCUUUAUCUGAGGAAGAUCUGCUCAUGUCUAUAGCAGCUGAAACAGAAGAGCAAGUGAAAACGGUCAACGGAAAUUCUGACAGUGGCCGGGACUCACCCAGAACCACCUCCUUGUUCUCACAAAGCCGGAGCUCCUGCAGCCGCUGGUCCAAUGAGGCCGAUGAGAAACUCCUCCAUGAAGCACACAUCUGUGGUCCAUCCUCCUACUCAAAGAUACAGCUCAGCAAGUGCCCUUCAGUCACAUCAGUGGAUUCCAUGGCCAGCACUUUUCUUCCCAGUCCUUCCCCGGACUCUGCACACCUUUCCUCCACCACUCGCAUUGGCGUUGCUCGAGGGCAGCCCAGCUGGCUCUUCCCUCCCUGGACGCUGUGUGUGAUUUACCCGCUGGUGGUGCUGUUGCUGGCAGCCUGCCUUGCUGCUGUUGGACUAUACGGAAGUUCCUUUUCCCAGAAAGUCGUCCUCAUGUGGCUGGUGUCUGCACUCUCAGCCUUCCUGACCUCAGCUCUGCUGCUGGAGCCUCUUAAGGCCUUUCUGCAAGCAUUGGCUUUCACACUUCUGUGGCGGUCAGUGGAUCCCGAGGUGGAGGAUCAUCUAGCUCUAGAGACCACUGUAGUGAUGUCAUUUGGUGAAGAUGGCGAGAGAGUCCAUCCACCCUGUGGCUACGGCCUGCUCCAGGCCAAAGAGGAAGCCCGCAAGGUCCAGGCUCUGAAGUCGCUCAUGAGGCACUCUGUGGCUCAGCUGCUGCUUCUUCUUUUGGUGCUGAUGGUCAACUACCAAGACAACAUAGAGCAGAGGCAGGGGAGGAUGUUGUCGUCUUUCACCAAGCAACAGCUCCAGUCGGGGGAUCCUAACUUCGCCUUCAUGAAAGACUGGCCCGAAGCAGGACAGUGGAUCAACAGAACACUGGUCACCCACCUUCACCAUCAGUCCUCUUUGCAUCUUGUUGGGAGGCCUCGCAUCCAGUACAGACAAACUCUUGGUCCUGGAGGACGUGUGCUUCUGGGAAACAGCAGUGCAGAGACUCGCCAGAUCCUAACUGACCUCCACAUGCAUCACUGGAGCAUGAAAAAGUUCAAGUCAGUCACCGUUGACUUCACUCACUACCACAAGGAGUCUGGUCUAUUUGUGUGUGUGUCCAUUUACAUGGAGCACACUCUGAUCCAGAGGGUCACCGCCUCUCUCUCCAUUUAUCCUCUCAUCAUCCCCACCGCUCUCUCCGGCCCGGAUCUUCAUGUGGCGCUAAUGUUGGUUCUGCUUAUCUCUGGAAUCCUGAUAUUACUUGGGGAGUUGUGGUGCAUGUCGACGGAGCGUGGCCAGUAUCUCCACCGAGGCGAACACUGGCUCCAGCUGCUCCAAGUGUCUCUCUCCUUGACAACAAGUCUUUCCCAUCUCUGCUACCGGCGACUUGCCCGGUCCUGCAUUUCUCAGCUUGGAAAGCAACAAGACAUCCAUAUCAACUUCCAGCAUCCCGCAGCUCUGGCUCAGAUUAGUUCCCAGAGUGCGGCUCUCCUGCUCACUUUGCUCGUUCUCAAGCUACUGGGCACCUUGAGGUUUGUGCAGCGCUGGGUUGUUAUUGGCCGGGUGCUCCACAGAGCCUGGGGGGAGCUGCGGGCGCUGACCGUGCUCCUGCUGCUGCUGCUCCUGCUCUGCGUUCAGCUUGGACACGUGUUAUUCUCAAGUUCGGUGGAAGAUUUUCAGUCUCUCCCUCGCACGCUUGGGUCGGUGCUGUCAAUGUUACGAGGCAGAGUCUAUCUUCAAAGGCUGUGCAGCGAUCAGCCAGUUCUGGGUCCAGUCUACGGUCUGCUGCUGAUUGGAGGAAGUUUUUGGUUCUUUACCAAACUCUGUGGUGCCAUUCUUGUCCAUUCUCACAGGUCGGUGCGAGCAAGCAUGCGCUGUCCUGCUAUAGAACCCCAAGACUAUGAGAUGGUGGAGUUCUUCAUUAAAAGACUCAAACUGUGGCUUGGACUCACAAAACCCAAAGAGUUUCUUCCACAGUUCAGACACAGGGUAAAAUUCGAGGGAAUGUCUCCGUCCAGGUCCUCCCAGGAAUCCCGCCUCUCCACUCUCUCGUCCUCCUCUUUCCUGUCUUCAACACCCCCUCGUCCGCCAUCAUCGUCUCUGUCCGUCAGGUCAGAGGACUCCUCGGCGUCUGAACAAGGACUGGAUGUGCAGUCGUAUCUUGACCACUUGCAGCCUUGUGUCAGUGCUCUGUUGAGCCGCUUUGACCGAGUGAACCAGAUCGUUGAGGAUGUGCACGAUCUGGAAGUUAAACUUGUGGCACUUUUUAACAAGAGGAAAUGUCGAAUAAGAAAGUCUAAAGAAACUUUUGAGACAUCAACUGACUUGAAAGGAGAAGUAACAAAAUCAGUGGAAGUGCGACGGAGACGUACCGGGCUACUUUACCCGCAAGUUCACCCUUCGUCCUCGUUUUCCUUCCUCUCGUCCCUCCACUCUCCUGCACCCUCGCUCGCCAGUUUUUCUCGAGCACGCAGUUCCUAUUCGGAAUCCGAAUCGGCCCAGCUCCAGCUCCACACUUCCAGUGACACAGAUGUCUUCAAACCAUCUCAUAGAAGCCACAACUCUCAACCUGCUGCCUCACCGAAAUUUGACAAAUUCCCCAGAAGGAGAGCUUGGCAUUCUGGGAGCUCUCACUCUGCAGACCCUGCUCAAAAGAUGUGUCCGAGCAGCGGCGCUCUGUUGUGUGAAGAUGGAGAGAGUUAUUCCUGCGUAGACAUCAGAUGGAAGAUUGAACAGGGGACCAAAGAUUGUAUCAGUGAUGGUCUCCCAAGAAAGAGGACAGCCUGGAUUUCUGAGGGGCCGGAGACUGACCACAAUUUAUGAUCAGUUUAUGGAAAUUAUUUUGGCUCAGGGAGGCUCUGUUCUGUCCUCCACAGACUAUUAUGUUUUAGAUGGCUUUAAAACACACAUUGUCAUUAGCCAGACAUCACAUGUGA